CAAAAACUACCCAAAGUCACAAAUGGCAGGCCUGCAUGUAGCUAGGCUGAGUUGUUGACAACCGGAAGCUCCGAUUUUCAAGGGAAACGGUAGAGAGCACCUGUGAUGCAACUUCUACCUUUGGAAGUUAACAAGGCCACGCUCUAUUUUUUAAUUUACAAAUAUCAACAAACAAAAGAGGAAUAGUCACAUGCAAACAAGCAUACACCACGCUCUAUCUUAACUCCUUCACAUUUACUGGAUUGUUUGAACAGUGCAGAGAACCUUCCCCAAACAGUAUUAUUUUUAUUCCAGUCAAGACCAGAAUGUUGGGGGAUCAAGUUUCAGGUGUUUCUUUUAGGCCUGCUAUGUAGAUUAGUCUGCACAUAAGAGAUGUUGUAGGCUAUGAAUGUUUCCUUAUAUGGCGUAAUUAUUGGGAAUCAUUUGAGGCCCUGACUAGGCAUACUGAAUUGGAUUCGAAGAACUUGUCAAAAUUACUAGUCAACCAAGAAAUGUAUUAAAACUCUUCAGUUGUCAUGGGAAUUGUACUUUUUUCAAAAUGUACACAUGACAAGUUUAGACCAACACUUCUGACCAGGGGGUGGAGCGUUGCGAGGCGGGUAGGAUUGUAUUCGUCUGUAUCGAGUCGAGACGAGAAAUUCAAGGAAAGGGCUCUAUUGAUAGGCGUUUAGUGUAACGGGACUCCGGACAAUACCUUUUCGGCGAAAGCAACAAGUGUCUGGAUAUGAAAGCAUAUUCUGAACUAACCAUUUCUAUUUGAAACCGUCCGUUGUAUUGAGAACAAAUACUUAGAUACGUUUUGCUAUAAGUUUGUCUGUUUUGUAUCGUUUCCUUAUUUUUUUUGCAGCUCAUUCAAAAUGAGUAAAAAAUAACAUCGUAUCACUUGUACUGUUGACUAACGUUCCUUGAAUGAAGACAAUGCUCCUCGAUCAUUUAGAGCUUGAAUAGGUGCACUGACCAGCUCGCCAUUGUUUACCCGGUGUCGCGGAGGACCACCUCAAAACAGUGAAGUUGUCUUUUUCAAAAAAGUAUUUUCUUCUGAACCGAUCAAAAAAAUAAAAAAUACAACAUGGCAGAACACGAGAGUCUGGAGUUUGGAAAGGCUGACUUUGUUCUUCUGGACAAUGUUUCUUUGGAGGAAUUCAUGGCUAACCUAAAGCUCAGGUUUGAGAAGAGUCGUAUCUACACCUACAUCGGCGAGGUGGUGGUGUCGGUUAACCCUUACCGCGCCAUGAACAUCUACGGUCGAGACACCAUCGAGCAGUACAAGGGCCGGGAGCUGUACGAGCGACCGCCACAUCUCUUCGCCAUCGCAGACGCAGCCUACAAAGCCAUGAAGAGGAGGAACAAGGACACCUGUAUUGUCAUCUCAGGGGAGAGUGGCGCCGGGAAGACUGAAGCCAGCAAAUAUAUAAUGCAAUACAUUGCUGCUAUCACAAACCCCGGGCAAAGAGCGGAGGUGGAAAGGGUGAAAAACAUGCUGCUGAAAUCCAACUGUGUACUAGAGGCCUUCGGCAACGCCAAGACCAACCGCAACGACAACUCCAGCCGCUUCGGCAAGUACAUGGACAUCAACUUCGACUUCAAGGGAGAUCCCAUCGGGGGCCACAUCAACAACUACCUGCUGGAGAAGUCCAGAGUCAUCUUCCAGCAGGAGGGGGAGAGAAGCUUCCACUCUUUCUACCAGAUGGUUAAAGGAGGUCCUGAGUCUCUCUUGCGGUCCCUCCACGUCUCGAAGGACCCCACAGCCUUCAACUACAUCAAAGUGGGAGGCCACAUCAAGUCGUCCAUCGACGAUGGUGGCGAUUUCAAAGCAGUGGCAGACGCCAUGAAGGUGAUCGGCUUCACAGCAGAUGAGCUCCAGACGGUUUACAAGGUCCUGGCCACUAUCCUGCACCUGGGCAACCUGACGUUUGGUGUGGAUGGUGACACAACAUUGAUUGAGAACUCCAAGGUGGUGGCGGUGAUCGGGGACCUGCUGGCCACUAAGGAGGAGAAUGUUGAGAAGGCCCUGCUCUACCGCACUGUGGCCACCGGCCGUGACGUCAUUGACAAGCAGCACACAGCCCAGGAGGCCAGCUAUGGCCGGGACGCCUUGGCUAAGGCUAUGUACGAAAGAAUGUUCUGUUGGAUCGUGGGAAGGAUCAAUGAUGUCAUCGAAGUAAAAAACUAUGAUGCCAAAGUCCACGGGAAGAACACGGUCAUCGGCGUGCUGGACAUCUACGGCUUUGAGAUCUUUCAGAACAACAGCUUUGAACAGUUCUGUAUUAACUACUGUAAUGAGAAGCUGCAGCAGCUCUUCAUUCAGCUGGUGCUGAGGCAGGAACAGGAAGAGUACAAGCGCGAGGGAAUCCCCUGGAAACAUAUUGACUUCUUCAACAACCAGAUCAUUGUGGACCUGGUGGAGCUGCAACACAAGGGCAUCUUCUCUGUGCUGGACGAGGCCUGUAUGAAUGUUGGCAAAGUUACCGACAAGGUCUUCUUACAGGGACUCAACACCAAGCUGGCCAAUCACGCCCACUACACCAGCCGUAAGCUCUCCCCGACAGACAAGAGUUUGGAGUUUGACAGAGAUUUCCGUGUCCGGCACUAUGCAGGGAAUGUGGUGUACUCGGUGGUUGGCUUCAUCGACAAGAACAAGGACACUCUCUUCCAGGACUUCAAAAGGCUACUGUACAACAGCUCCAACCCAGUGCUGAAAGUGAUGUGGCCGGAGGGCAAGCUGAAGAUCACUGAGGUCACCAAACGACCCCUAACGGCCGCUACCCUCUUUAAGAACUCCAUGAUCGCAUUGGUGGAGAACCUGGCUUGCAAGGAGCCGUACUACGUGCGCUGCAUCAAGCCCAACGACGUCAAGUCGCCCCUGCUGUUCGAGCACGAGCGUUGUCGCCACCAGGUCGAGUACCUAGGCCUACUGGAGAACGUCCGUGUGCGCCGCGCCGGAUUCGCCAACCGCCAGGAGUACCCCCGCUUCCUCCAGAGGUACAAGAUGAUCUCGGAGUUCACGUGGCCCAAUCACGACCUCCCAUCGGAAAAAGAGGCGGUAAAGAAGCUGUUGCAGGGCUGCGGCUUCGAGCAGGACGUGGCGUACGGCAAGACGAAGGUGUUCAUCCGCACGCCACGCACCCUCUUCUGCCUGGAGGAGCAGAGGACCGAAAUGGUUGGGAGAAUCGUUCUCUUCCUUCAGAAGGUAUGGCGCGGUACCAUAGCCAGGAUGCGUUACCGGCGCAUGCGUGCCGCCGCCAUCAUUCUACGGGCCUACCGGUGCUUCAAAGUCAAGUCUUACAUCAAAGACGUCAACCGCAAAUUCAAAAACGUGCGCUCCAUGAAGGACCACGGCAAGCACGUCAAGUGGCCCACGCCGCCCAAAGUCUUGAGGAGGUUUGAAGAGGCGCUGCGGAGCUUCUACAACAGGUGGCGGGCGUGGAUGCUGAUCAAAGACAUGACUCCAGAGGAGAAGCUACGGAUCAGAGCCAAGGGGGCCACCCUGGAGGCCCUCAAGGACCAGAGACCCGACCUGGGGCUGCAUAGGACCUGGGAGGGCAACUACCUGAAACGAGACAGUCCUGACACAGCGUCCUCCUUCACCUUGGUGUCCAGUGAGCUGCAGCGUAAGGACAAGUUCAUGAGAGUUCUCUUCUCCUGCAACGUGCGCAAGAUCAACCGUUUCCACAAGGCAGAGGACCGAGCCGUCCUCAUCACAGACCGCCACCUGUACAAGAUGGACCCCCUGAAGCAGUACAAACCCAUGAAGAGCAUCCCCCUCUACAACGUGACUGGGAUCAGUGUGUCCCCUGGUAAGGAUCAAUUGGUGGUGUUUCACACUAAGGACAGCCGGGACCUGGUGGUUUGUCUAAAGGGCAUGAUGCCUGCCGGGGACAGCCGCAUUGGAGAGCUGGUGGGCACCCUGCUCAGCCACUUCAAAAGUGAGAAGAGGAAGCUGCAAGUGAAUAUCGCCAGUCCCAUCCAGUGCAGUAUGAACGGCAGGAAGUGCACCAUCAUUGUGGAGCCCAAAAUCAACCAAUCACAGCCAGACUUCACUAAGAGCCGCUCCGGUUACAUUCUGGCUGUUCCUGGAAACUAAAAGGGCCCCUCGGGGGCCACUCGGUCUGUGACGAUGACAAGUGUCAAAUGAAGACUACAGGAACCAUAUAUAUGUUAGGUAUAGAGCUGAUUUGUGAACUAGAUAGUAUGGAAAUGAUACAUGGGAUGAUUUGAGCUCUCAGAAUGACAGACAUGCCAAAUGUGUACCUUUUUUGAAUGGGUAUUCAUUUUACUCAACAACAAAACAUUUCAAAAAGGACAUGUAAGAUGUUUAACACAUGCAAAAAAAACAACAUUUGUUUGACAGACUCUCACACAUGCACAACAAUAAUUCAUCAAAGAGUAGAUUUUUUCCCCCUCACUUUUCAAUAUCAAGUUCAUAUGUUUAGUUGGGGCAUUAAUCGUUUUAUAUUACGCUAGCUUUGGUUUAUUUUGAUUAGAAUCAGAUUUCGUUAUUUAUUUUGAUCUAAAGUGGAGAUUUGGUGGAAUGUUUUUUUUAACACUACCCUUUUGUUUUGGACUAGAGACUCACAGACAGUCCUACAUGUACACAUUGGAAACAAGAACGGGAGAGAAUGUUGUCCCGUGUAUUUCAGGGACAGAACCCGUGUCAGAGGCACAGAUGAGAAGUGUUUAGUCGGUUAGUCACAGGGUGUGGAGUGGGAUGUGUUGAGCAUAUCUUGAACCCGAACGUCACGACGUGCUCUGAGGGGAGCAUUAAAAUCUCAAUUUAAAACCUGUUAUCUGUUCUCUCUGUGUACAGUAUGUACAUUAAUAGUACUCUACAUGCUUAUAGUAUUACGCAAAAUGUCUAUUCCAAUUGGAACUUGCCCCUGCCAGAUUGUGUACAUUUCAUGACAAUAGUUCUAGAUAAUGAUUUAUUGAUGCACCGUAAAUUACUUCAACCAUUAUGUCAACAUUUCAGCACGUCUAUGCUAUAUGACCACAGCCAGAUGCUGUACGUUUUCCAUAGACGACACAGCCAGAUGUUGUACGUUUUCCAUAGACGAGAGAAAGGAUGUCGACACUGUACCCGCGCAGUAAAUCAGUGACUGACUCGGCCUGCCCACUGGGCACGCACUGGCUAAAUCAACGUUGUUUCCAUGUCAUUUCAAGGAAAAGACUUUGAACCCACUCGGAAUAGACGUUGAAUUGGAAUGGACCAAUUGGAAUAGACGUUGAAUUGCCGUCUGUGCCCAGUGGGUAUUGACUUAGACUGAGGUGGCAGUGGAGGGAUAUUAUGAACACCGCCAUUUCCCAAGAUCCUUGGCCUACUUCCAGUAGUUCUAGUUUCAGUGUCAAAGCACUGCUGCAGAUAUCGCACUGUCACUUGGCAUUCUUUUCAGAGUGAAAAAAGUUUUCUCCAAUCACUUUCAGAAUUGCUGCCGAGCGCUAAUUGCUUUGAAUAUCGUCCGUAAAAAUCGGUAUUGUAAUUAGUUAGUUAGCGUCCCUCUCAACUGAUCAAAUAUUCCUUUACCUUGCAGCUAUGGCUUAUAAUGACCUUGUUCUGUUGGAUAAUAAGCCACUUCAGACCAGAAAAUGUCUCUGUAUUGGGGGGAAAGUUGUAGGCUAUGUAUUGUGUUGUGGCUAUUAUCAGGGACGUCACAGUAGUAUCUCUAACGGCAGGUUUUUAAUAUGUGGCUAGUCCUCAGGGCUGCCUGUAAGACUUGGUUAUUAUGAGAAGGCCAACUAUAGCUAUCCCCCCAUAUCCUCCAGUUAUACAAUAUGUUGUUCGACAGGGCUUCUCUAUUCCACUACUCAUUACAAUGCUCUGUCUGUGACUGUGUGUCACAUCCCACCGAAAUAGGUUUCUCUAUCUCCUGUCUACCGACAUGCCUGUCUUGUAGGGAAGGAUACUUUUGUCUGAGAACAAAAGCCCAGCCUGGCUGCCUCCUCUCCUCCCCUCUUAUUCUCUAUCGCUCUCUCUCUUUCCCCUCACUCCAUCACGUCUUGGCACUAUGCCCGGGUGGGUAGACUGUGCCACUGCAGAGCCGAGGAGGAGUUUACUCUGACCCCCUCGUGCCCUGAGGAGAGAGGGAAAGGGAGGAGGAGACGAAAGAGAAAGAGAAAGAGAGAGGGAAAGUGCAUCAAUGAAGACACUGAGCUAGAUGAGAUGCCCAAUUUCCCCACUACUACAUAAAUAAGAUGGGAACAACACGUGGUUCUUCAGUUGAGUAAAGGAUUCUGAUGGUUCACUGACACUCUUUGGGGUGCAGCAAUAGGAGACUAUUCACAUCCUGAGUCCUCUACCGUACAUCCAGUGCAAAUGGGAAAAAGUCAUCAAAGUGAAAAUAGAUUACUUUUUCCAUCACUUUUUCCAGAUUUUUUUGUUUGAGUCCAUAGCCAUUUAGUCUCUUACACUCAAAUGUUCUAUCAGCUGUACCUUACAGUUUGUGAUCUGUGACUCUAGAAGGUGUUGUGUCUGCUGCAUCCUUGUCCCUCAUUGGUUUGUGUUGGGUUUGACUUGUCUGAUCCAAAGCUUUACCUACAAUCCCUUCAAUUGUUAUUUUUUUUCCUAGCCGGAUAUCACUAACGUUCCUUCAGAAAGGGAUCCCAGUCUAUGCUAUUUCAUUGGGUUUGUUCUGUUGGUAACCCUUUUGAUUACAAUGUGUCCCGUAUUCCCAACUUUUCAUGGUUAAAAUGGUUUAAAUUGUACUGCAAAAAAAGAUAUCCAAAAAUGUUAAACUGGGGAAUAUUGAUAACAUUGUUGUAUCUUCUCAUUUCCUUCAAUGUAUUCAAUAUACCAAAUAUCUAGAUGAAUAUAUAGAUAGUUUGAUCAGAAAAUGUACGUGCCUAAUUUUAUAUUUUGCAUAUUUAUGUAAUAUAUCAAUAUUGAUGAUGAAAGAAAAAGUGUUUGGACCAAAUCUGAAGGGAACGUCACUGUUUUAUGUUAUAUGCAAGAGCCACAAUGAUAGUUAUUUGAUCAAUCAUUUGAUUAAUAAAUGUAUUUGCUCAAAUUUG